AUGGAAGGGCCUGCCCUUGCCGUUGUCGCUGCACAAACGACGGUAGUGGCAGGUACAACCGAGUCUCCCCAGCAGCAGCAGCCUAAUCCAGGAGUUCAGCAGCACCAAGCGCAGCGCAAGGGCUUGGAACAGGGGGAGCAGCAGCCCGAUCAGGAGGAAGAGCUGGGGCAAGAUCAGCGAGAGGAGGAGCAGCAGGAGCAGCAGCAGCCUGGCGAAUGCCGCAGUUCUAAGCCUGAAUGGAGGGUGAAGUAUCGAUGCGGAGGUGCUUUACACUAUCGGACUUUUUCAGCCCAGCUGUACGGUUCCGAGGGGGCGCAUGCUCUCGCUUUGUGGUUUAGGCAGCGCGUUGCCUUGGAGAGCUUCGUUCCAACGGAUACUCAAAUAAGCGAGUACGCAGCCAUUCUGAGGGGGGAAGCCUCCCGGAGCGAAGCCUGCUCCCCAUGCCACGAAGCGAAACUCGCGCAAGGGGACAGCGCGACGUCUCGGCAGGAGCCAACAGCAGCUCCCACUAUGGAAGCUGUGGAGACACCCAGUUACCAGCACGCGCCAGCAGCGAGGAGUGGCGUAGAUGCCAAGGAGGACGGUGCAUGGGGCCUGAAGGGGAGGCGGCUGCCCCCCUCGAGAUCUUCGACUUCGCCGGAGCGAGCAAGUCCAUCUUCCCUUGGAGGAUGCCCAACCGCGCUAUCCUCGGCAGUUGUGGCUGCUGCUGCUGCUGCCGCCGCAGCAGCAGCCACUGCAGCGGCAGCAGAAACAGCGGCGGCGGCUACGCCGAGGUUCAAAGCCGCAGUUGGACCGAGGGCAGAUCUCUGGGGGCAUGCGCCGCUCGAGUUGGAGUCUCCCUUCUGGAGGGCAGCCUUCAAUGGCAAAGCCGACUCUAAGAACUGCCCUCGUGUAGGCGUCAAACAGGAGCAACUGCAGGCAGCAGCGGCUGUCGCUCGUGCCGCUUCUGGGGAAGAUGCAAGCGCCUCAUGUUGCGCCCCCGCGGCAGCGGGGGUUGCUGCUGCCGCGAAGGCUGGUGCAACGGACGUUCCGCACCUUCUUACAGCUCACUCGUCUGCCGCAGCUCCGCCUCCAAAGGCUGCAGCAGCAGAUACAGUUCUCCGCCUAACUGCAGCAGGAGCUGCAGCCGAGCUGCCUGCUGCAGCGCCAGUUCUUGGACCCCCUGCAGACACUGCAACGGCUGGUCCUAUGGCUGAAGCGUCAACUGCUGCUUGUGCUCAAACUGGUAUCGCAGCAGCCCCCGCAUCUCCGACUUCGUCUUGCGAGCCGUCCACGGGUGCUGCCGAGGCAUUAGCAGAUGCUGGCGCUGUUGCACCUGCCAGUGCAACCCUUAGGCCUAGGACGCUCCCGUUGCUGCUGCCAUUGCUCUCCAGAAGAAGCCUUCUAGGGGUGGGAGCAGCUCCAAGUCUGCAGCAGCUGCAGCACGGUACAGGAGACGCCGGAUCGCCAGCAGGCGCGAGCAGCAGUGAAGGGCUGCAGACGCCGCGUGUCGAGUCAGGUGCUGCAGCCGAUGCGGCUCAUCGGCAGGACCAAGUGCGGCUAGAGCGUCUUCCUCACGAUCAACAAUCGUUGCUGCAGCAGGAACAAGAGCAGGGGCAGCAGCAGCUAAGACGGAGCAGCAGACCGCCUCGUCCAGCGUCUUCUGCCGACGCUGUCAGCUCAGGGCUGACCAUUAGCAGUCCUCGUAUUCAUGCUGGGAACAACAAUGCUUCAUACCACGCAGAAAAGCAGGAGUGGCGAGCGCGGUACUACGUGGGACCGAAGCGCUGCAUGCGAACUUUUAGCGCAAAGCUCUACGGAUUCGAAAGGGCCAGAGAGAGAGCUCACUCCUUCAUUAGAUAUAUUCAGCUCCACGGGAGACUGCCUGCGGCUUGGGGUGCUCGUGGCGAAUCAGGAGAGGGGGCUGCUGCCUCCAGCCAUCCCUCAGCAGACGGCAGCAAGAAGCCCAGUAGGCAUGAGCUCCAGCAGGUCCAACCGUUGCAGCAACACCUGGGAGAUCAGGCGGCAGCAGAGCAGCAGCGCGCAGGAAAGAGGCGCCGCAUGGAUGCUGCAGCUUCACCUUGUGCUGCUUCUUCGGAAAACCGUAGUAAGGAACAGCAAGGCGCAGUCAAGGGGCAGCGGCAGCUUCUGCUGCAUCCGGGAGAGCAGCAGUUGUUGAUGCAACAGCAGGAGCACAGGCAGCUGUUGCAGUUGCUUGCACAGCACAAGUCGGCAGCUGCCACGCAGGAUUACACGCGCGACUGGGCUGAAUGCGAGGCGGGUGUGUCUAGCGACGGCAGCGGGCUUUCGCCGCUGCAGCAGCAGCAAGGCUGCAGCAGCAGCGACAGCUGCUGCCCUAGCGAUAGCAACAGCAGCAGCAGCAAGUAUGAUAGGGGUUCUCUCUCCAAAGUGCGCUCCCAAGGCUCGCGGCGAGGAUCCCUCUAUCAUCCCCCUUCCACACGCAACACGACGGCUCUGCAAGGCAGCAUUGGCGAGCACUGCGGCAACAGCAGCGAGGCAGGCUUGCUGGCAGAGCUGCUCAGCGACUGCGCUGCUCAGGCUGUUGGAUCUCUCCGGCGGAAGCGCCAGGAGCAGCAAGAUCAGCAACAAGACCAGCCGUCUGAGAGGCAAGAAGCGAAGCCCGCAGCAGCAGCAGCAGCAGCAGCAGCAGCAGGAGCAGGAGCAGCAGCAGCAGCAGAGGCUGCAGCGCCUCCCUGUGGCUUGUGCGAAGGCUUAGGAUGCCCCAGCUGUUCGGUGGGUCUCUUACGGCUACCGGGGCCCCUACCCCUUAACGGGAAGGGGGCCCCUCGGGGGCCCCUAAGGGGGGCCCUUUUGAUGGCUCUAGGAGGUGCACCUGCUUCACUGGAGAGCGAUAUUGCCACGAUACUGAACCUGCCUGCUACCCGCGCAGGAGCAGCAGAUGCGGAGGCAGCAGCGGAUGGCUCUUCGCCGAGGAGGCGUCUAGCUCGUCGACGCCCCUUAGACCCCAUAAGGGCUGUCUGCGCUGGUCUCCUUACUUCCGCCAGUACCCAGUGCAGCGCACUUAUGCCUUUCCAGAAAAGCGUUGUUGCUGCUGCUGCGGAAGCCCAGCAGGCGCGCGUGACGCAGCAGCAGCAGCAGCAGCAGGCACACGAUCCUGCAGCUGCGACGCACGGUGGCGUCGCUUCGGGGGCUGCAGCUCCAAGCAUCGUGCUGCCUCCUGAGUUGCUCCUCUAUAUGCAGCAGGCGAUCGGCCUUGUUGCCGCUGCUGCCGCUGUAUCGCGCUCCUCCUUGUCUGCGGCUAUACCUGAUCUUCAGCAACAACACCAGGAGGAGCCACCCCAGGGGCUUGCUGAAACGCUGCUUUGGGAGCGCAUUAUCGAGUCUUGCAAGGGCACUCUGGCUGCUUGUAAGGUUUCUAUUGACGCGGAGCAACAGCAGCAGCAGCAGCAGCAGCAGCAGCUGCAGCUAGCAGGUGGAGAAAGUGAGCUGGCGGCAAACCCGGGCCUCCUCCGAACAGUCAGCCUUUCCUCUGUCGUCACUUCCCUCGUCUAUACGAACUUCAUUACUUUGCUGCAGCUGGCGUCUCUCAAUCAGCAAGAGCAAAAACCACAGCAGCCGCUCCAGCAGCGACAACAGCAACAGCAGCAGCAAAACCAACACCAAGACAGUCAAUCACAGCAGGAGCAGCAACGGCAGGAUCCUCGUCAUCAGCCGCAUCAGCAGCGGCCAAACCAGAAGCAAGACAUAUGGGACCUGCACGAAGUGCUUCAGAAGUUCAUUGGGGUCUUUGUCGCCGCUCUGCAGCAGCAACAACCAGGAGGCGGCAGCAGCUUGUCUGGUGCAAAUUCUCUUCCACAUUUUGAGCAGCAGCAGCAGCAGCAGCAAACAGAUGAGACGCUCGGCAGCCUGCAUGCCAUCCCUUUGCCUCCACACAGCACUUCUGCUGUUGCCGGUUCGACGCCAGGUGCUUCUCCUACAGCAAAAAUCCCCCAUGCACUCAGCGAGACUUCUCCCGUGGCUAAGCUAGGUGGGGAGCCUCUAGCGCCGUCUGAAACCCUAGUGACUCAUGAGCCUGCUGCAGCAACUGAGACACUCAAAGGAUAG